GGAGCAAGGGCAGCGCCUGGCGCUCUGCGCGCCCACCCCGGGGGAGCCCUUGGCUCUGACACCGAAACAACCUCGGAGCUCACUCCUUCUUUACCACCCCUACUGCCCUGAGUCUCCGUCAGACUCAUGUCACACAAGCCGGUUGGCGGCCCCCCAGGCGAGGAGGAAGUUGACUGGUGCUUGUAUCAGCUCAAUGGGACAGCCGAGUUUGAAGUCUCCGAAGCUGAUAUUAUUUCUACAGUCGAGUUCAACCACACGGGAGAACUGCUGGCUACUGGGGACAAGGGGGGCCGGGUUGUCAUAUUCCAAAGGGAACCAGAGAGUAAGAAUGAGCCUCACAGCCAGGGAGAGUACAAUGUUUACAGCACUUUCCAGAGCCAUGAGCCGGAGUUUGACUAUCUGAAGAGCUUGGAGAUAGAAGAGAAAAUAAACAAGAUUAAAUGGCUCCCCCAGCAGAAUGCAGCCCAUUCUCUCUUGUCCACAAAUGAUAAAACUAUCAAAUUAUGGAAGGUUACUGAACGUGAUAAGAGGCCUGAGGGAUAUAACUUAAAAGAUGAAGAAGGGAAACUUAAAGAUCUGUCUACAGUGACUUCACUACAGGUGCCUGUGCUGAAGCCCAUGGAUCUGAUGGUGGAGGUCAGCCCUCGGAGAAUCUUUGCCAAUGGUCACACCUAUCACAUCAACUCCAUUUCUGUCAAUAGCGACUGCGAGACUUACAUGUCUGCGGAUGACCUCCGAAUUAACCUCUGGCACUUAGCAAUCACGGAUAGGAGCUUCAACAUUGUCGACAUCAAGCCAGCCAACAUGGAGGACCUAACUGAAGUGAUCACGGCCUCAGAGUUCCAUCCCCACCACUGUAACCUCUUCGUCUACAGCAGCAGUAAAGGGUCCCUGAGAUUGUGCGACAUGAGAGCAUCAGCCCUCUGUGACAAGCACUCCAAGCUUUUUGAAGAACCCGAAGACCCCAGUAACAGAUCCUUCUUCUCUGAAAUCAUCUCCUCGGUGUCAGAUGUCAAAUUCAGCCACAGUGGCCGGUUCAUGCUCACCAGGGAUUACCUCACUGUCAAAGUUUGGGACCUGAAUAUGGAAACAAAGCCUAUAGAAACAUACCAGGUUCACGAUUACCUUAGGAGCAAGCUGUGUUCCCUGUAUGAAAAUGACUGCAUUUUUGACAAGUUUGAAUGUGCCUGGAAUGGAUCCGACAGUGUCAUCAUGACUGGUGCCUACAAUAACUUCUUCAGAAUGUUUGACCGGAACACCAAGCGUGAUGUCACCCUGGAAGCCUCCAGGGAGAGCAGCAAGCCUAGGGCCAUCCUCAAGCCACGCCGGGUCUGUGUCGGGGGCAAACGCAGAAAAGAUGACAUCAGCGUGGACAGCUUGGACUUUACCAAGAAGAUACUUCACACAGCCUGGCACCCCGCCGAGAACAUCAUUGCCAUCGCAGCGACAAACAAUCUUUACAUAUUCCAGGAUAAAGUGAACUCAGAGAUGCACUAGGUUUAUCAAUAUUCCUCUGUAUUUAUCAACCAGCCUUUUGCAGAUUGUACAAGAUGACCGUCAGAAAAAAGAAACCGAGCAAAAGAAAUGUGGUCAGUCGUGGUGGUGGAAUUUGUCGUUCUCUGUCCCAGAUGCCCACCCCCGCCUCGCCCUCCCCAGCCCCCAGACCCCCCUCCCCCAGAUGAUGAUGAUGGCCAUUUCAGAAAGCAGAUUUCGCUUGUAACUAAGGGGCAAAAGGCACUCCAGCAAGGUGACAGGCCUGUUGGGUUUUUGGU